CCGCCCUUCCGGCCGUCUCCAUGGCAGCCAGCAGGGGGGAGGCGGCGGCGUCGCGGAGGCCACGGUGAGAGGUGGCUUUGCUUUUGCAAGCCGCAAAGGCUGAAGACAGUGACAAAACCUGGACAAACAACAGAAGAUGUCGUCCUAUUUGGCUCAGGAAGUUCAUCUGGCUAGGAGACACGAGGAGAUACUGUCUCAGAGAUCAGCGCUGCUACAGCAGAUGGAGACUUAUCUAGGAGACAAAAAGACUAAAAAGACAUGGCAAACUCAAGCAGCUGAUGCAGCUCGUAGAAGGAAUGCAGCACUUUUAAAUGACAUAGAAGCAGCAGAAAAAAAGCUGCAAGAAAGAAUGUAUUUACUUCCACAUCCCGAUACUGUUAAGCUAGAAACUCUCUAUUGGGCUUCAGUAAAAGACUCACUUCCCAGUUGGGAAGAGUUUCUUUUAGGAAGAGCAGAAUAUCCCAUUGGUUUUAAGAAACUGAAAACUACAAAGCAGAACAACAUAAGCUACCCAGAAGAAGAUUCACAAAAACAAAUACUCUGAUUUUGUUUUGUAACUCUGGUUUGAGCAGACAAUAUCUUCCAUGUUAUAGAAUGUAAUAUUAUGCCAUUAAAUGGUAAUGUAAAUUGUUUGAGA